AUGUCGCAGUCAGAAACAACACAUUCGACCAUCUCCCAAAGGGCACAGAGCGCCCUAGUAGCAGGCUCAAAGAACCUGAUGUGGGACGUGGUGAACGACCUAUGUUUCCUCAACCGGCAACUCGACUUGCCUGCUAAACUACUCACGUAUAAUGAUGGCCCUACUGGGUCAGCAAGAGUAAAACGUGCUGUGUCCGCUUUUAUCAACCGGCAUUUUCGCCCCUUGCAUGCGGUGGAGCCCAGUCAUCUGUUCAUUACCAACGGUGUUUCGUCGGCAAUUGAGCACAUGUCUUGGGCGAUAACGGAACCUGGUGAGGGGAUUCUUCUGGGAAGACCGUACUAUGGGACGUUCAUACCGGAUAUUUCACUGCGACCUGGAGCAACGGUUAUCCCUGUGAGCUUCGAUGACUGUGAUCCGUUCAGUUUGGAGGCCGUCCAGAAGUAUGAACAGGCACUGUUGAGUUUUCAGGAGACGACAGGACGGAAGGUAAAGGGACUGGCACUCUGUCAUCCUCAUAAUCCACUGGGACGAUGUUACCCCAGACAUGUGCUUGUGAAGUUGAUGGAACUCUGCCAGAAAUACCAGAUGCACUUUAUUAGUGACGAGAUAUAUGCGUUGUCCGUGUGGACGAAUACCGUCGACGAGAGUCCGAAGCCUGUCGAUUUCGAAUCCUCCCUUUCACUCGAUCUGACAGGCAUCAUUGAUCCCCAGCUCGUUCAUAUCCUAUGGGGCGUAAGCAAGGACUUUGGUGCGAAUGGUCUCCGACUGGGCGUGAUCAUCUCACAAGCCAAUCGUGACAUGCUAAUGGCAUUACGAAAUGUUGGCCUAUAUUCUUAUGUAUCGGGGGUCUCGGAACAUCUGGUAUCUCUCCUCCUUGAGGAUGUCGAUUUCACAGAUGAAUAUAUCCGGUUAAACCGCGAGAAGCUCUCGGAGAAUUAUUCUUUUGUUGCGAAGCAGCUCAAGAGCAACGGGAUCGAGUAUUCGACUGGAGCCAAUGCUGCAUUCUUUAUUUGGAUGAAUCUGGGGAAGAAGUACCGCGAACUCCACCCUGAGGUCAAGGGCGAUGAGGAUGUUAGCGAAACGGUCAUGGAACUGUUAUUGCAGAAGAAAGUCUUCUUAGCUAGCGGCUCAUUGUUCGGCUCGGAGCAUGGCGGGUGGUAUAGAAUUGUCUUCUCACAGCCCCAAGAGUAUCUGAGCGAGGCUGUGCGAAGAAUUAUGGCCGCACUAGAGGCCUAA